UGCGCGCACCGCACCUUUCAUUUCUCACUCUCGUUUUCUUUCUCCUCUCCGAUUCAUUGCGUGUGUGUCUCUCUCUCUCUCAUAUUCUUGGUGUCUCCUUUCCAACCGAGGGUUGCCUCACCUCACCCUCUUUGGCCAGAUCCGACGUCCGGCAGCCUCGAGCGGUCUCUGUCCACCGGCAGUCGACUUCCAAAACACAAGCGAUAUCAAUAAAAUUGGCGUUCUGGAGUUCUGAUUUUAGAAGCCAACAUUAUAACGACAUAGUGGUGAUUUUUCUCUUAAUCAGUUGUUCCCGAUUGUCAUGGAUUAUGCGGAGUUGACGACAGAACAGGUUCUCAAGAGGGACAUUCCAUGGGAGACUUACAUGACAACGAAGCUGAUCACUGGGACCUGCCUGCAGCUACUCCGUCGUUACGACAAAAGAUCUGAAAGCUAUCGUGCACAGUUACUGGAUGAUGAUGGCCCAGCAUAUGUCCGUGUCUUCGUAAACAUUCUGCGGGAUAUAUCCAAGGUUGAGACCGUUGAAUAUAUUAUUGCUCUUAUUGAUGAGAUGCUCACAGCGAACCCAAAGCGAGCUAGGCUAUUCCAUGAUGCAUCUCUUGCAAAUGAAGAUCCUUAUGGACCUUUCAUAAGAUUGCUUUGGGAAGGUAAUUGGUUCAUGCAGGAAAGAAGCUGCAAAAUAUUGGCUUUAAUUGUGAGUGCUCGUCCAAGAACUGAUGGUAGUGUUCCAAACGGAGAAGCCUGCAAGACAAAAAGGACAUCUGCUUCCAUUGAUGAUGUCAUAAAGAGCUUAGUAGAAUGGCUUUGUGCUCAGUUGAAGAAUCCCUCACAUCCUAGUCGUGGUGUGCCCAUUGCAGUUAGCUGUUUGGCAACACUGUUAAAAGAGUCAUGGGUGAGAUCCUUGUUUGUUAAAUCUGAUGGUGUAAAGCUUCUCACUCCAUUGAUCACCCCCGCAUCCACCCAACAGUCUAUCCAGCUUCUAUAUGAAACAUGUCUCUGUGUUUGGCUCCUGUCAUACUAUGAUGCAGCAGUAGAUUUCCUAGCUACCACAAGGGCAGUGCCACGGUUAGUAGAGGUAGUCAAAAGCUCCACCAAAGAGAAGGUUGUAAGGGUUGUUAUAUUCACCCUCAAGAAUUUGCUGCCAAAUGGAACAUUUGGGGCUCAGAUGGUUGAUCUUGGGUUGCCACAAAUAGUUCAGAGUUUAAAGACACAAGCUUGGAGUGAUGAGGAUCUUUUAGAUGUUCUAGAUCAAUUAGAAGAAGGGCUAAAGGACAAUAUCAAGCAGUUAAGUUCCUUUGACAAGUAUAAGCAGGAGGUCCUUCUUGGUCAUCUGGAUUGGUCCCCUAUGCACAAAGAUCCUGUCUUCUGGCGUGAAAAUAUCACAAACUUUGAGGAGAAUAACUUUCAGAUACUGCGCGUGCUGGUUACAAUACUUGAUACAUCUUCAGAUCCAAGAGCUCUUGCUGUUGCAUGUCAUGAUAUAUCACAGUUUAUCCAGCACCAUCCAGCUGGCAGAGGGAUUGUGAAUGAUCUAAAAGCAAAACAGCGGGUCAUGAAGCUCAUGAAUCAUGAAAGCUCAGAGGUAAGCAAGAAUGCGCUGCUUUGCGCGCAGAGACUUUUCCUUGGUGCAAAGUAUGCAAGCUUUAUGCAAGCAUAGGCUGUUCCCGCGGUAAGCUUCUGGUGAAGAGUUCCUUUUCAGCGUCUUUUUGUUAAACUCCCUUCUCUGCCUGUUGUGUCGGAACCAAUAAAUUAUGUAGAGUUGUUAUAACGACUCGGAAUUUAAUGGAAGAAAAAAUAAAGCUAGAUGAGUUUAAUAUUUUUCUCGAAGAACUACUGUGCCAAUCAUAUUGUAAAACUAUUGUUGUAAUAGAAGUGGAAAUCAUGUUUACCCAA